AUGAAGCCACCACCACCAUUUCCGCAAAGGUAUUUGCAAAAAGAGUUUAAUGAGAAAUUUGCAAAGUUUCUGGAGGUCUUUAAGAAAAUCCACAUCAACAUUCCCUUUGUAGAAGCCUUGGCCCAAAUGCCUAACUAUGCCAAAUUCUUAAAGGAAGUGAUAUCAAAGAAGAUAAAGUUGGAGGAGUUCGAGACUGUUAAGCUGACAGAGGAAUGUAAUGCCAUACUUCAGAAGAAACUCCCUCACAAAUUGAAAGAUCCGGGUAGCUUCAACAUCUUGUGCAAUAUUGGUGGUAUCACGUUUGAUAGGGUACUGUGUGACCUUGGAGCUACCAUAAACUUGAUGUGCCUAUCGGUGUUCAAAAUGCUGGGUCUUGGAAAAGUGAAACCCACAACCCUUACCUUGCAACUGGCAGACAGAUCGAUCACAUAUCCCAAGGGCAUUAUUGAAGAUGUGUUGGUGAAGGUUGAUAAGUUCAUCUUUCUGGUGGACUUUGCGGUAUUGCACAUGGAGGAGGAUGAAAAGGUACUGUUAAUUCUUAGUCGACCUUAUCUGGCAAAUGAAAGAGCAUUGAUUGAUGUGUAA